AUGUAAAUAAGUUAGACACUCAGAAGUUGCAUUAACUUUCAUAAAUUAGUCUAAGAACUUUCUGAUUAAGGUGAUAUCAAUUUCAAAGAAAAAAACAAACUCAAAUCUGAUUUCAAUUCCAAUAAUGAAGAUUUAUUAUCAUUGAUUGAAGGUACUAUAUAUACAUCAAUUAUUAGAUAUGGACAACUAGAAUCUUAAAUAACACUUAAUUGAUUAUGUCAAGUCUAAGCAAUAGAUUAUUAAAGUAGCCAAUUCACCUGGAAUAAGAAGAAAAUCACUACUUUCUGAAUCUAGUCCUUUGAUAGGUAGAAAAAGUGUAUUCUCAAAAGAAAGUAAGGUAACUGAAGAGGAUUUACUUAAUUACAUCAAAUAACUUAGAGAUGCACUUAUAGAAGUAUAUCAAUCUAGAUCUAAUGCAUUAACAUUAUUAGUUUAAGAUAAUCUGAAGUCUUUGACACAAUUCAUUAGUAAGCUACCAACCAAAAGUCCAUAACCAUCUUUAAUUUUAUUACAAGAAACUAACAUUGUAGAUGAUAUUGAAUCAUACUAUUAACAAUUAAAGAAUCAGUUUUUAAAUACACAAUCAUUGUUGAUUAAUGACAGCAUAGUCUCAGUAACUUCUAAUUUAGUUAACAAUUUACUUAAUUGUGAUGAAUUCACAUUCAUUAGUCCAUAAUAAGGUAUAUACGAAUCAGUUAAACAUACUUUUGCUAUCUUUGAUCAUAAUUAAUACUUAGAAGAUUUAAUCUCUAUUAGUAACAAUAUCAAUUUAGUUACUGAAAAUUAAACUAAACUAUCUGAAAUGUUCUCUUAAUAUGCCAGAACAUAUUCCUUUAGAAUAUAGGAUGAGUUCUUCUUCUAUCAUUAAAAAAUACCUAAGGAUAGUCUUUUAAAUCUAACUUUAGAAUAUAAUUGUUUAUAAGAAAUUCUUAUGCUUACAAAAUUGAUUUAUAAAUCUAUUAUCGAAUCUAGAGUAUAAUUGUUUAGUCCUAUUUAAAUUGGUAAUAUGAUUUUAGAUGUGGGAGUAGAAUUCGUCAGAUGCAGUAAGUAUUUAUUCAUUAAUUAAAUAAUUAAUUUAUUAAGAACUAAAUACAAUAUUGAAAAAGCUGAUAGUGAAAUCUAAGGAUCAUUUACUUCUAUUUAAAGUACCAAUCCUUCUCCAUCCAAUAAAUAAGUUAAAUUUGCUAAAAUACUAUUUAAAGAUGUUUUACCUAUUGAAAUUACUGUUAUUGGUUUGAAUCUUAAUAAAAAGGAUGACUUAUCAAUUUAUAAAACCAUUUAGAAUCUUUACAAUAAAUAUCUCAAAUUCAUAGAGUUAACUUAUGAUAGAAUUACAUUUUAUAAGUAUUUUAUCAAAUCUAAAGAUUCAAUCAUGUUAGAAUUUGAUAAAGAAGGAAAAUUGACUUUUCUAUCUAGACCUAUCCCACCUUCAUUGAGUAGAGAAUUUCAUCUUAAUUAUCUUCCUAGAGGACAUUAUUAUUAGAUCAUCUAAAAUUAAUAAUUAUUACAUGAUAUUGAAUAACAUUUAGAAAAUUAAUGGGUUAUAUAAUCAAAUGACUAACUUUAUGAAAUAUUCUUAAAAGCUAGAAAUAAAAAAUUUAAAGGAUUUGCUAUUAUCUUUUCAGAAGGAUUUCUUUAAACAAGAAGUUUAGAAUUAGAAACCAAAAAAAUUAAACUCAGAUAAGAAGCUACUUAAUAUUUAACCAAUCUUGAAUAAAAUAACCCUGAAUUAAAAAAUACUAUUCUCUCUUUCUAUAUACCAUCUUCAAUAUAAGCACCAAAAGUACUUAUAAAAAGAAAGAAAAGUAGAAUGAAUGUUUUAAGUGAGAUAGUUUAAAUUAAUUUAAUCGAUCCUUAAAGUAUUGAAAUUGAACCUAUCCAUUUAAAUUAAAUCGAUACUUUUGAAUUUAACAUAUUUUAAAUUGAAAAUAAUUCUAUAGAAAAAUAGAGAAUUGUUUAUAGAAUAUUUUUAAGGAACAAAUUCAUUGAAAUUUUUGAUAUAGACAAAAGUAGAAUGUUUGAAUUCUUAAGUGAAUUAGAAUAUAGAUAUGAUAAACGUAGAAAUCCAUUUCAUAAUUAUAAUCAUGGAGUUAAUGUAAUGCAUAGUUGUCAUGUUAUCAUGAAUAAAAUGUUAUCAUUACCUCAAUACAAUGAUUUAUUUGAUUAAAAUACUAAGUUAGCAUUAGUUUUAGGUGGGUUAUGUCAUGAUGUAGGUCAUACAGGAAGAACUAAUUAUUUUGAAAUUAAUAAUUUAUCAGAAAAAGCUAUUAGAUAUCAUGAUAAAAAUGUUUUAGAAUAAUAUCAUGCAGCAACUGCAUUAAAAUUGUUAUUAAGGGAAAGAAUGAACUUCUUGAAGAAUAUUGAUUUUAGAUCUUUUAGAGAAAAAUUUAUUCAAAAUAUAAUUUUUACUGAUAAGGCUGAACAUUUUAAUUUACUAAAGUUUUUUGAAGCUAAUAAUGAAAAAGACAUAAAAAUAAUAACAGGAAUGAUUAUUCAUACUUCUGAUUUUGCAGGAGGAUCUGCUAAAUGGCCAAUUUCUAAGGAAUGGUCCUUAAGAGUGAAUUAAGAAUUUCAAUCACAAUAUGAAGAAGAAGGUAAAUUAGGUUUACCACAAUAACCAUUUAUGAAAGAUUUGCAUAAUGUAUGUAGAAUAUAAUUUAUUUUAGAUGUCUGUGUUAUCUAAAUCUGAGAUAGGUUUCUAUAAAUUUAUUGUUCGUCCAUUGUAUGUGUCUUUGUCAUCUUUUAUGGAUAACUAACUUUAAGAUAGAAUAGAAAAUAUUGAUGAAACAAUAAUUGAAUGGGAUUUACUAGCAUCUUAGGAGAAUUAAUGA